UCAAGCAAGCAACACCCCGCUAAUUAAAAAAUAUAUACAUAUGUCUUCUCCCUUCUCUCCUUCUCUCUCUAUAAUCUCUGUACUCUAUUCCCCAUCGCAAAUGGAGAGCUCCAAAUCGCUGUCAUUCUUUCAAGAUAUCAGAUCAAGAGAAGUUAAUGGAUUCAGAGUUCGCAAGAGACCGUAUCCUGACAAUGAUUUGUCAAAAUUCACUCAAACCGGAGCUGUGGUUGUCGAACACAACGGCGAUCACAGACCUCCAAUGGCUCUCUCUUUUUGCAAGACAAGUAAGAAUUCUCAUAUUAUUGCUGUGACCGACGAGGAUGGGUAUAUUAGCUUAUUCAACACUCGAUUGAAGUUUUCUUCUUCGUCUACUUUCCAAGAAAAUUCAGAAAAAGCUAGGGUUGACGAAUGGGUUGCUCAUGAAAAUGCCAUAUUCGAUGUAUGCUGGAUCAAGGAAGAUAAUAAUAUUCUGACAGCUUCAGGUGAUCACAGUAUAAAGGUAUGGGAUGCACAAGAAAAGAAAUGUAUUGCAACACUGUUAGGGCACAGAGGAAGCGUGAAAUCCAUCUGUUCUCAUCCAACAAACCCUGACCUUGUUGUUUCUGGUGCAAGAGAUGGAUCAUUUAUGCUUUGGGACUUGAGAUGCUCUAGAGGUAGAAACGGGAAGUUAUUUGUAAUUUCACCUGAUGAGGUUCGAGAGGCUCAUAUUUCACCUCACAGAAGGCGGGGUAGGCGUUGCAAGGCUGCUUCCGUGAGUAUCACAUCAGUUCUUUACCUAAAAGAUGAAAUUUCAGUUGCUACUGCUGGAGCAGUUGACAAUGUUGUAAAGUUCUGGGAUAUCAGAAACCUCAAAGGCCCAGUUAUUCAGGCAUGUCCUAGUCAUGAGUUGUCAACUGAAAAGGAAAGAAGAUUGCAUGGCAUAUCUAGCCUGUCACAAGAUUUAAAUGGAGUGUAUAUUUCAGCUUCAUGCAUGGAUAACAGAAUAUACCUCUAUAACGUGCUCCAGCUUGAAAAGGGUCCUGUUAAAUCUUUCUCUGGAUGCCGCAUUGAAUCAUUUUUUGUAAAGUCAGCAUUAAGUCCUGAUGCGGCUCACAUACUUGGUGGUUCUGGUGAUGGAAAUGCUUACAUAUGGCAGGUGAAUAAACCUCAAGCGAAUCCUCUCGUACUGAAAGGCCAUGAUGGAGAAGUUACAGCAGUAGAUUGGUGCCAAUCUGAGGUAGGGAAAAUAGCAACUUCAUCAGAUGAUUUCACGGUGUGCUUUUGGAAUAUCCAGAACAGUUGUUACUCUAGCACUAGAUCUCCAUCUUCCAUCCGAAGGAGAGUAAUAGCGCUACCAACCAUGGAAUGCAAAAAGCUUUUCAUGGAUGAAGAACCAGCGGGACUUGAAAAAGGAUCUGCAAGUUCUUCAUCAAAUGAAGUAUUGCACCAAAUCAACUCACCCAAUAUAAACACAAAUACAAAGCCUGAAUUUGGUACACCUGAAUCCCAAAAGAAAAAAUUGUCACUAUAUUCACAAGACACCCUUGAGAAGUCCCCUGAAGCUGCAUUAAAGAGCCCGUCUUCUGUUCUAAAUCCGCCUUCGUCUUUGAAAAGAAAGACAAUUAGAGAUUACUUUGUAGCAGCUUCAUAAUACCCUUUGUAAUUCAUAUCAUACAUAGUACAAUGGUGACUGCUCUUACAAAUGCAUACAAUUUGAUCAUGAGUUAUUUUGCUUGGGAAGACAGUGAACAGGCCCGUUCUUCAACUAAUUUGGAGCAAGUACAGUAUUCUGUGUCUGUAACUUUUUUGGUAUCACAGAACACUUCAAUCGCAUGGCAAACUAAACUGCUUCUGGAUUUGCCAUUUUGCAGGCAUGCAUUUGAACUGUAUAGUGGGCAACACAAGUUCCUCCAGGGAGACAUCCAGCUGACAUAAAUUCUUCAGUCUUUUGUCACAUUUUCUCAGAUUAGUGUUAUUUGAGAGAACAAAGACAAGCAUUUGUCAUAUACUUUCGAAGAUGUUCAGAUAUUCACUUGUAUCUUACCAAAAAGAGCUCGUUUUUGUUUUUUUUUUUUUUUGGGAAUCCACAUAGAUCUUUCAUACUCAUGAAGUUCACAUUUACAGACUUUUUCUGGGUGCUCUAAACUUGUAUACAGCUAGGUUCAUGAUGGCCGACUGUUCAACCAUAUGGGUCACACGAUCCUCCAAUAUGGCUGUGGUGAUGUAUUAUUAUUCUUAUUUAGAUGCGAUGGAAUGAAUACAUUAUUUGGUUU